UUGCAAACGUAUUCGUGACGUCACCCCGUGUAACUUCCUGUAAUCCCGGGUCCGUUCUUCAAAUCGUCCGCUGUUGUAGUUCAGAAGGCCAAGUACCGACGUUUCGGUCAUUUCAAAAACCUUAAAGGUUUAAGACGUGAUGGCUGCAACACUACGUGUACUUUACUCUGCAUCAAGGCCAGGUUUUUUUGUGGCCAGCCAGAAUCUAGCGAGGUCCUUCAGUGUGUCUGCACAAAGGGACGGAUUCAAGUAUGUGAAUGCUAAGGAGAUCCCUGUUGACAUGAAGUCCAUCACAGACAGAGCAGCACAAACACUGCUAUGGACAGAGCUCUUCAGAGGUCUAGGCAUGACAAUGAGCUACCUGUUCAGAGAGCCUGCCACCAUUAACUACCCGUUUGAAAAAGGACCACUGUCACCACGCUUCAGAGGAGAACAUGCAUUGCGCAGGUAUCCCUCAGGAGAAGAGCGUUGCAUUGCUUGCAAGCUGUGUGAAGCAAUCUGUCCUGCCCAGGCCAUCACCAUAGAGGCAGAGACGCGCGCUGAUGGCAGCAGGAGGACAACUCGCUACGACAUUGACAUGACCAAAUGUAUCUACUGCGGUUUCUGUCAGGAGGCAUGUCCUGUGGACGCCAUUGUAGAGGGUCCUAACUUUGAAUUUUCUACUGAAACUCAUGAAGAACUGCUCUACAACAAGGAAAAGCUCCUCAACAAUGGAGACAAGUGGGAAGCAGAGAUUGCUGCCAACAUACAAGCUGAUUACCUAUAUCGAUAGACAUCACACACACACAUGUAGGUGUACAAACGUACAGUAUACACAAACCAUCUUUUGCGCCCCACACACAUUUUGACUCAAACCCAGAAGAAAUCGAUGGGCAGUUUAGAUUCAGUUUUGUUGUCCAUUCUUAUUUUAAACAUAGCAUAAAUAUUCUCUGGUGUGAGUUUCAACCCUCUCUGAUAUGAUGACUAUAUUUUGACGUAUUUGACUUUUACAGUAUCAUAGCAUUUGAUAUUUAUUGUAGAACGAUCAAUACCCCACUGGUUAUUUGUGUAAGGAGUCUAAAGCUGUCACAGCCUGGUCUAGUAUACUAUCAUUCAAUGAAGACUAUACUUUCUGUGGAAAUUGAAUUUAAUAACAUGUAGACUGAGUCAAGCUAUGACAGCGUGAGUAUGUACACCGAGGGAAGACUGCAAUCCUGAUUUCAUCUUCACUGUCAGUGUAAGGGUGCAUGGAUUAUCAUCUAGUGAGUUGUAUGUUCAUCAUGCUGCUUCCACUUUCAAGCAAAUAAAGAACGUUCUGGGAGAAA